UAAUUUGUCGUUUUGGAAAUGACUUUCACCCAAAUGUGAAAGUUCAAAACGCGAAAGGGAGGAGAAGUGGCGUUUGGCACCAACACCAAACGUUGCUCUGCCUUUGAUUAAGUUUGCACACACAACGCAUGAACGCCAAACGCUGCGUUUGCACCGAAACAUAAUCAGCCGUUACGUGAGCGAGCGUGAAUUUACUUGGGCUCUCACUUUCUUCAAGUCGGAGAAAUUGAGUUUCGGCCCUACGUUUUUCUCUCUACCUCCGACUCUUCGCCGCUGUGAGCUAACCGGCAACGGUUCCAGCGAGAUCAGACCGGCCUUUUCUAAUUAUCCGGCAGAUCUAGUCGUUUCGACCGGCUUUUGUCUGACCGUGUGAGUAUAGUCUGCGAUAUUCUUCUCAUUUGCGUCUGCUUGAUUCUCGUUUGAUAACCUUAAGCAUGGUGAAAGCAGUAAUCGGAGAAGAAACCAGACUCAGUUCUACCGAAGAUCGUCUCUCUCGAUCAGCUAUCCCUGCUGAGGUGGGUCUUGUUAUAGGGAAGCUUAGCUCUGCUGUAGAUCGUGGUUUCGUGUUUGAUUUGAUCCCUACUCCUAACAAUGAUGCUGGAGAACCAGCAUGCUCGGUUAUGGAGGCCAAAGACGAGAGGAAAAAGUCAUCCAGAUCAAAAUCUCAGUCAUCUGAUGCCUCUUCUCUAUCAAUUGAUUCCGAUUGGGUUGCAGAACAUGCCCGACAGGUAUCAAGAAUGCUUUUAGGUGGGAUGAAGGUGGUUGGUGUAUACGUAUGGGCGAGUGACAGUUCUUUUAAGAAUUCAACUAUGAUGGUUUGCCAGGCUAUCAAGGGGGUUGCAGAUGCAGUACAGCAUUUGGAUAGUGCGUCAGAUGAAGCUCUUCUUAUUCACAUAUGCUAUAGUCCACGAAGAUGGAGUUGCCGAAGUUGUUUGUUGGGCUCAAGUAUUACAUCAAGUAACUUGCGACCUUGUGAUUUAAAGAUGGGAAGAGUACUAAGCUCUUUGCAGAGGUUUAGAUGCAAUUACAGCUUCAAUCUGAGAUUUCCCAUUUGCUCUGUGGGUGAAUCAGCUGCCCAAACAUUUACCGACAUUCUGCGCCAACAACUUGCAAAUCAUGCAAAAGAUCUAAGGAGUGCAAAUGCUUUGAUUGAUGGAAAUCUGGUGCAUAACGAUGCGCCAUGCAAUACAGAUGGAGAGCAUGAAGUUGAAUUGCUAUUCCCAUUCAUGAAAGAUGCUCAUGUUGAGGCCUUUAGUGGGAAGGAUGUUGCUGGAGUUCUUCUUGUCAGUGGUUCCAUAUGUUCUUAUGCCUACUUAUAUGCAAAAGAACCAGUUUCACAGGCUGUAGACGAUAUAAAGGCUGAUAUCAUAAGGAGUCUAAGAAGCAGGUUGGACAUUAUCUGCGAUGAGGCGGAGGAGGAUCUCAUCAGUCCAAAUGAUAAUAGUGCAGAUAAGGAAGACAUGCCUAUUACCAAACUCGUCCUCUGUUCAUCUACGAAACCCUUCCGUCUUCCUCUUCCUAGGAGGGUUUUUGUCCCCUGGUUGUCGGGGACGUUUAUCUGUGAUUAUCUACAGCCAUCUGAAUCACUCGAGGUCUUGAAAGAUCGUUGUAUCGAGUUGAAGUUGAUGGAAAAUCCUCCUGAGAGCUCGACAUUCUCGGAAGUAGAAGCAGAAGCUCCGUUACUGAUCUCGAAAUCUUUCUGGGAUGCGGUAUCGGUAUCAGCCGCAUCUUCUGCGGAAAACUUGAUAACCGAAAGGAGUGGUAAAGAAACUCGGCAUGAAGGAGGUGAGAACCAGAAGAGAAGUGGUAAAGCACCAAAUAUUGCCAUUAUGGUUGGGGCUUUGGUCCUCCUCCUCUCUGUGAUAUUAGGGUUUGUGUUUUAUGGGUGGGAAUAAACAUUUCACAUUGUCUCAGAUUUUGAUAGUAACCCAAAAUGAUUUUUGACGUUAUUUCCAAAAUAGUGUUUUAGACAUUCAGAAGGUAUAUUUUGUUGUAUUUUGGCCGUAAAAUUUGCUCUUUUUUAUUUCCUUGGAAAAUUUUUGAAAAUUAAAGUACA